CCUGUGUUGGCGGGGAGCGGGGAUUACGCCAAGCGCGGCAAGAUUUUCCUCUUCGUGCGUGCUGUUUGCAAGAAUUUUUUGCAAAAUUCUUCGAAUUUCCAUCCAAAUACGUGCGAACCGCGCCCCAUCCCUUAAGAAAUCAUUUACUUGAUGACGCUCAGGCAAAGGCACCCACGUGGUGAGUGGACAACUAGAUCUAUAAGUUGCACGAUGGCGAAUAAUGGUGAUAUAUCAUUUCAACAAGACCUUGACAACCAUGAAGAGGAAAUGUUUGGGAAAUUGCUCACCGCGCAGAUGGAGCGGACAGAGUUGGUGAGGAUGUUGGAGGAGGCAAGCAAGCAGCGGCUCACCCACCGCUACUACUACUUCAACCGUUUCCGCGUCAGGUACAACGAGGCUGUCACCUACCCUGACGACAAACUGGACUACACUGACCUGGCCGAGGCGCUGUCGAGGGCCAGAAAUAUCGACAGCACUCUCUCAGUUAGAAUUAGGGACCUGAAAAGGAAACUCGAGGACGUUGACCUCGAGUGCUUGAGACUUGAAGACCAAAUGGAGUCGCAGAAUGUUAUGAAAUGAAGAAAAUUGCAAAUUAAUUGUAUUAGCCGUGUUGGCAAAAUUAUGCCUGUUUUAAUUGUGCUCAGUGACGAAAUGUCUAAUGUGUGAUACGCUUAAUCCUCGUUGGCGAGGUUUGACUCCAAAACUAAAAAAGGCUGAUUUUUAUUUGUAAGCGUAGCUCAAACUGAAGCAAAUAAACUACAUUCCACUGUGA